UGCCCAACUUCUUCUCCCUCAGCCAUACGUCAAUCGCGCUGUAACUGUGACCCGGGCGUUUUCCCCGCCGUGACGACGCGAUGCAGUCGAAUUGGACUAAUCAUGGAGCUGCCAUGCGGAACAAAAGAUGUAUUUUACUGGUAGUAAUACUACUCGUAUUAACUCUGUGGUUCUUGCAAGGCCGAUUCGACGUCUAUUCGCAGUUACACGGCAGUCCAACCUUUCGCCUCACUCAAUCACCAAGGGAAUUGGCAGCGAACGGCACAUUAGGGUUCCAAAAACUUAUAGCACUGUCGAAUAAACCGAGCUGGAGGACCCGAGGCCUCGAAGCAGCAGCUAAACUCAGCGGCCUCGAGUUUACCAUUCCACCGCAGGGGCAGAACUCCGACGAGCUGGUCGCAGCAUUCCAGAAGAUGAGCGUCGACAAGCCAGGCGCCAAGCUCCCAGCGGCUGGGUCGGCCAGAGCUUGGCUCGCGCAUGUCGACCUGCUCAAGUUCGUGGUGGCGUCGGGGUACGAGACGGCGUUCAUCGUGGAGGACGACGUCGACUGGGACGUGCGGAUCAAGGCGGAGAUGCGGCUCGUGUCGGACAGUGUGCGCGCCUACACGGCUGCCGCCAAGGACGAUCCCGCGCCGUUCGGCACCGCCUGGGAUGUCCUGUGGCUCGGCCACUGCGGCUCCAGCAUCACAGACGACAGCAACGACAAUAGCAACAACAACAACAUCCUACCGCCGCCGCGCGUCUUCGCGGACGAUUCCCGCUGUGAGACCCCGCUGUACUCGGGCUGGUCCAAGCACUUCCUCAGGGAGAAGCUGGCCGAAGGCCAUCGCCAGGUCCAGGCUUCCCACGUAACCGUGUGCACGUUCGGAUACGGCGUGACGAGGCGCGGCGCGGCGAAAAUGGUGCCUCUGCUAUCGCGGGGCGGCAACGAAGCGUUCGACGUCGCGCUGUCCGGGUACUGCAAGAGCGGGGAGCUCACGUGCAUCGUCGUCAACCCGCAACUGUUCAACCACUACGAGCCCCCGGCCCAGCUGGGAUACGUCAGCGACGUCCACGCUGGAGACGGGCGCGGCGAAGGAAGCGACGACUCGAGGUUUGAGCACAGCAAGGGGACGACGGGGAACAUUAUGAAGAGCGCUCGGUGCGAGGCGCUGUUUCACGACACGUGCAUGAGGCCUCCGUCGGAGAUAUGAAGUUACUAAUACGAGUUUACGACGUUUUCUUUCCUGUUCCAGGUAGCAUUAUAGACGGAGCGGUUUGCUGUAGAGAUACCCAGGGUCUGCACUAGUUUACUGUUUACUUGUAAUGCUUUUCAAGGAGUUCGGCUUGAGA